GUUAUAGAAAGUGUCACAAGUUCUCUUACUUGUGACAUUUAAUUAGUAGAAUUACACUUUUCAUAUGUUAAUUAGAGAAACAUUGAGAGACAGAUGUAUCAUUCUUCAGCGAAGAGCAUUUUUGUUGAGGAGAAAAAUGUAGAAAAUGAUGUGCCGCCUAUUUGCCCUAAGCCUAGAAGACUUGGAUCCUCUACUCUUCCUGAAUUCCUCAAAUCCCUAAAUUGCAAUGAUAACAGCCAGAAGAAUUUUGAUGGAAGAAGUGGGAUUCUCAACAUUGUCGCUGAAAAGACUAGAGAUGGAAGAAAUUCACCAUCUUGUUACUCCGGUUCUCCUCCUGGAAGAACCGGUAAUCCUUUGGUACACGACGUGCAAUUUAUUCAGCAGAUGGAGCAUUUUUCACCUUCGACAAGAACCAACUUGUCUGAUAAAUAUGGAUUUACCUCUGUCUCUCCAGCUUGAGCAAUACACAGAGAUUAAAAAAAAAAUCACAAUUUUGUUUACUUUAAGAAGCAUAAUGAUAAGAUGUAUAAGUAAGUCAAGAUCCCUCUUUGAGGGAGUUACCUUUUUUUUUCUUUUUUUGUUAUUUUUUAAUGGGUAGUGUAAUAGUGCCCUGUUAGGUUGUGACGUGAGCAAACAAUAUGUAAAUAUGUAGUACGAUUUUUCUUUUUUGGGCUUUGAUUCAACUGAACAUUAUAUGUACAUGUCAACUUUGAGGAUGACUUGCACUAGUUGUCAAUUGAGAGGCGAGUUUUUGGGUAAAUGCUUACUAAUUUGAGCAAUUAAUGACUUGAAUUCUCUUUUCGUCUUUUUGUCAAAACUUUUGUGCAUCAUCAGAGAUUUUGGUUA